UCUCAAAAUGCAAAGUGCUGGAUGGUGAGCGCUGAGUUGGACCGCGGCAAAGCCCUGGGAGCGGAGCUGCGGCCGGGGACGUGCUGCCGUCCGACGCUGGCGCUCAGCCUGGCACCGCACUCACGCUCUUACCGCGCAGAGCAGCGGCCGUGUAGGGGAAGAUGUUGAGUCGGCUGAGGAGCGGCAGCAUCAGGAAUCUGGACAGAGAGUACAGCUGCACUGUCAGACUCCUGGAUGACACGGAGUAUACCUGCACCAUUCAGAGGGAUUCUAAGGGACUCUACCUGUUUGAGCUCAUCUGCCAACACCUGAACCUGCUCGAGAAGGACUACUUUGGCAUCAGAUAUGUGGACCCGGACAAGCAGAGGCAUUGGCUGGAGUUCACAAAGUCGAUUGCCAAACAGAUGAAAUCCCAGCCACCCUUCACCAUGUGCUUGCGGGUCAAGUUCUACCCCCCUGACCCUGCCACUUUGAAAGAAGAGAUCACCAGAUAUCUAGUCUUCCUGCAGAUCAAGAGAGAUCUGUACCAUGGCCGCCUCCUGUGCAGGACUUCGGAUGCAGCCUCCCUGGCCGCCUACAUACUGCAAGCCGAGAUCGGGGACUACGACCCUGGGAAGCACCCUGAAGGUUACAGCUCAAAGUUCCAGUUCUUCCCCAAGCACUCUGAGCGGCUCGAGCGGAGGAUCGCCGAGAUCCACAAGACGGAGCUGAUAGGACACACACCAGAAACAGCUGAGCUGAACUUCCUGCAGAAGGCACAGACGCUGGAGACGUACGGCGUGGAUCCUCACCCCUGUAAGGAUGUUUCCGGAAACCCCGCCUUCCUUGCAUUCACCCCAUUUGGAUUUGUUGUGCUUCAGGGGAACAAGAGGGUCCAUUUUCUCAAGUGGAAUGAGGUGACCAAGCUGAAGUUUGAAGGAAAGACCUUCCACAUAUAUGCGAACCACAGGGAGGACAAGAAGAUCAUCCUGACAUACUUUGCACCGACUCCAGAGGCCUGCAAGCACCUGUGGAAAUGUGGGGUGGAGAACCAAGCUUUUUACAAGCUGGAGAAGUCAAGCCAGGUGCGUACUGUGUCCAGCAGUAACCUGUUCUUCAAGGGAAGCCGCUUCCGAUACAGCGGACGAGUCGCCAAGGAGGUCAUGGAGCAAAGUGCAAAAAUAAAACGUGAUCCUCCAGAGAUACACAGAGCUGGCAUGGUACCCAGCAGGAGCUGCCCGUCCAUCACUCACGGCCCACGGCUUAGCAGUGUCCCCCGAACGCGGAGGAGAGCUGUGCACAUCUCCAUCAUGGAGGGCCUGGAGUCUCUGCGGGACAGCGCUCACUCCACGCCGGUGCGCUCCGUGUCACACGGCGACUCCUUCAUGCCGCGUUCCCGCGGCGCCGCGGCAGACGGCAGCGAGAGGGCGUCGGUCAUCGCCGAUGAGGCCUACAGUCCUUCCGACAGCGUGCUGCCCACCCCCGUGGCCGAGCAUAGCCUGCUGGAGCUCACCGCCGCACGACAGCUCAACGGUGCCCCUUGCAGCAUCGAGGAGGAGAAGGAGUGGGAGGCAGGGAGGGCACCAGGCGGGGAGGCGGGUGAGGCCAGGCUGGACAGGAAGUCCCCCAGCACGGCAACCCGCACGGGCGCCAUCUCGUCGCUAAGCGGAGUGGAGCAGCUGAAUAAGCUGGUUCUGAGUGUCGUGCGACUGCUGCUGGUCACCAUCGGACUGCUCUUCAUCCUCCUCCUCCUCCUCAUCGCCCUCACCGAGUCCGACCUCGACAUCGCCUUCCUGCGAGAUAUCCGGCAGACCCCGGAGUUCGAACAGUUCCAUUACGAGUAUUUCUGCCCCCUUCGGAGGUGGUUUGCCUGCAAGUUUCGCUGGCUGGGGGGGCACCUCAUCAACAAGUUUUUGUUCUCGAAGACUCAAGAUCACAGUCUUCCGAAGGCAGAGGAGUCUGAAUGUCAUCAUCUAUGGAGCAGCAGGCCUGCUAUCUGCGGCAGACGGCCAUAAGAGAACAAAGUCAACAUCCUCACGCUUAUAAGUGGACUGGGGGGAAGUCCGACCAGACUGCUGCUCAGCCUGUCCUUGUUCCACCUUUCUGCUUAGGAGAGCUGGAGGUGACUGUCCUUGUUUACUCCAUAUGGACUGAAAGAGUUUAUUAUCUCGCUUCAGAAAAGGCUGCAACAGGUACAAUGAUGCCUCAUUCAUGCAUAUUCAGGGAACCACUUUCACAGCUCUGG